GUGGAGACUGAAGAUCUGCACAUGUGAGGAAGCAGGGAGCUACAGUGGCCCUCAGCCCAGUCUGCGGGUCUUCCCUCUACCUCACACUGAACUCAGAAGGGAAGGAAGGAGAGACGCACAUGGGAUUCUCCCACCUCAGAAGUAUUGUGACAGCACCGCAUAACCACGGUUUGCUCUUUUACAAGCAGCCUCACAAGUGUGGGUUGUGGGUGUGCGCUGGAGCAGUGCCACUCGUAGCUGUUUGGAUACCACAGGUGCUCUUCUGUCUCAUCUGCUGUACUCGGAGGCGAGCGCAGUGGCCUGACUCAUGGGAAAUGACUCAGCAGGCGGCAACUACUUUUGAAAAGGAUCAUGAUUUCCGAGCUACUUUAUAAUCAAGACAAGCAUUUGUUAACAUACUGUUUUGGAAUGUUGGCUGUAAUGUAACAGCAGUUUUCAUAAUAAAUGACAUUCAUCUCUACGAAGCUGUUCUAUGACUGUGGAAGAAAUGACAUGGGGCAGACUGUACUUUAAAGAGUGCUCAGUUUACAGUAUUCUUUCUCCACAUUGUAAUCCAUGCCUCAGACCUCAGGAACCCCUGGGGUUUUUAAUUCACUUAACUACUAGCCAAUUUCUGGCAAAGAGCAAGUUAAUUCUGAUCCCGAUAACCCAGAGACAAAGGUCUCCAAGGAAAACUGCUGCUGUAAGAGUCUGCUCGCAAUGCCGCAUUUCCAGAAGGCACCAGCAGCAGCUACAGAUAAUCCUCCAGCAGGGAGGAUGAGACAGUCUGACAGAGGAGCAGAGCUGACCAAUGAGGACAGAGCUCUUCCCACGCCACCUGAUCCUGAGAAUGGUCUCUCUGGGAUCCUGAGGCUCCUACUGCAGGAACUGAGCCUUUUCUACAGCCGAGAUGUGAAUGGUCUGUGUCUCUUAUAUGACCUCCUCCAUUCACCAUGGCUGCAGGCUCUGCUCAAGGUCUACGACUGCCUCCAGAGGUUUAAAGAGAAGAAGCUAGUUCCUGAUACAACUCAUGCACAGAUCUUAGCCUGUGAGGUCUUGGAGCUGUUACCCAAAGCUUCCGGUUCCCCCGAGAUCCAAGAGCUAAGACAAGUCCUUCAGGCUCCUCACUGCAAGGCCUUGCUGAGUGCCCAUGACACAGUGGCUCAGAAAGACUUUGAACCCCUUCUCCCCCCACUGCCAGACAAUAUCCCCGACAGUGAAGAAGCAAUGAGGAUUGUUUGUCUGGUGAAAAACCAACAGCCCCUGGGAGCAACCAUCAAGCGUCAUGAGAUAACAGGGGAUAUCCUGGUGGCCAGGGUCAUCCAUGGCGGGCUGGUGGAGAGGAGCGGGUUGCUGUAUGCUGGAGACAAACUGGUGGAAGUGAAUGGAGUUUCAGUAGAGGGCCUGGACCCUGAGCAAGUGAUCCAUAUUUUGGCUAUGUCUUGUGGUACGAUCAUGUUCAAGGUGAUUCCGGUCUCUGCCCCGCCUGUGAGCAGCCAGAAGAUGGUUUAUGUUCGCGCCAUGAUUGAUUACUGGCCCCAAGAGGAUCCCGACAUCCCCUGCAUGGAUGCUGGGCUGCCUUUCCUGAAAGGGGACAUUCUACAGAUUGUGGACCAGAAUGAUGCCCUCUGGUGGCAGGCCCGGAAAAUCUCAGACCUCACCAUCUGUGCUGGGCUAAUCCCUUCUAACCACCUUCUGAAGAGGAAGCAGCGGGAGUUCUGGUGGUCUCAGCCGUACCAACCUCACACCUGCCUCAAAUCCACCCGAGCACUGUCUAUGGAGGAAGAAGACAGCAUGAAGAUUGAUGAGAAGUGUGUGGAAGCAGAUGAAGAAACUUUUGAAUCUGAGGAACUCGCAGAAGCUAAGGACGAAUUUGUCGGCGAUGGGCAGAAGUUCUUUAUCGCUGGGUUCCGCCGCAGCAUGCGCCUCUGUCGCAGGAAGUCUCACUUCAGCCAGCUGCAUGCCAGCCUGUGCUGCAGCUGCAGCUGCUACAGUGCCGUGGGCGCUCCUUACGAGGAGGUGGUGAGGUACCAGCGGCAGCCGGCGGACAAACACCGCCUCAUAGUGCUUGUGGGACCUUCUGGCGUUGGAGUCAAUGAACUGAGAAGACAGCUCAUUGGAUGUAACCCCAGCUGUUUUCAAAGUGCUGUGCCACAUACCACCCGUUUCCCAAAGAGUUAUGAAAUGGAUGGACGUGAGUAUCACUACGUGUCAAGGGAAACAUUUGAAAGCCUCAUGUACGGACACAAGAUGCUGGAGUAUGGUGAGUACAAGGGCCACCUGUACGGAACCAGUGUGAACGCUGUACACGCCGUCCUUGAUGAAGGCAAGAUCUGCAUCAUGGAUCUAGAGCCUCAGGAUAUUCAGUCGGCUCGAACCCGUGACUUGAAGCCCUACGUUAUAUUUAUUAAGCCACCUAACACGAGCUCCAUGAGACACUCUCGGAAAAACGCUAAGAUCACCACUGACUACUAUGUGGACAUGAAGUUCAAGGAUGAAGACCUACAAGAGAUGGAGGAGUUAGCCCAGAAAAUGGAGAGUCAGUUUGGCCAGUUUUUUGAUCACGUGAUUGUGAAUGACAACUUGCAAGAUGCAUGUGGCCAGCUGUUGUCCGCCAUACAGAAGGCUCAGGAAGAACUGCAGUGGGUGCCAGAGGCAUGGGUUUCCCCUGACACUGAAUCUUAAUCUAGUGUCCUGCUUAAAGCUGGAAGCUUCAUAGUGUGCCCUAAAGAUCCGGAAUAACGGCUGCCAUUGAAAACAGCAGUGUUUGACCCAUUAGAACUGCGACUAUGAAGUCCUUAUUGUAUAGCUAUAAAUAGCAUCCUAUACAUAUACAGAGCUACUCAUUUGGCUCUCAGGCAUUUUCCCGAUGUUUCCCCAUAUGAGCUAAUGGCAGGUAUGUGACAAUGUUGUCACUGAAUGUGAGCAUUUUAUAGAUUUCAUAUGGUGUUUUGUAAGAUGUAACUCUUCUAAAUAAACCAGUCUACUUAAUGACAAACUGUA